GUAAAUUUUAAGCCCAAAUUAAAGAAGUUAUUAUGCAUAUGGCCAUUAAUUACUGUAUUAUAACUUUGUAAGCCCCAUUCUUUGAAGAUGAAUAGAUUAUCCAUCACUUACUAGCCUGCUGCUUCGACAAGGUCGAUAUGUCUCAUAGAGCUGAUUAGCUGGUUUGGUGCUAGCUAGAAGUGAAAAUCAUGAAACCAUUAGAGUUUGAUCUUAAAGCUCUUGAUGAGGAGCCAUCUCAAAUGAGCAAUUCUGCCAUAAACACAUCUAACAAAUCCAUCCAUGGCCUAUUCUCUCAACUCUUCCCAAAUCCCACAACAUCUCAUCAUGACCAGCCAAGUUCAGACCCAGUUUCACUUGAUAUAUCUCUCAGCUUCAACUCUACAGCCAGCCCUUGUGAUGAAAAAGUUGCAGACACCCAAAGAGAAGGGUCAGCCUCUUCAAGAGCUUAUACCUGCAAUUUCUGCCACCGCAAAUUCUGCAGCUCACAGGCUCUUGGGGGUCACCAGAACGCCCAUAAGAAGGAACGGUUUAUUGCGAAACGAGCAACCAGAAGGGUUCUGUUCUCAUCCGCUCCUCUGCCGAGACGGUCUAAUAAUAAUAGCUGGGGUCGUUUUGUUUUUGCUAGAUAUGCAGAGAACAAUGAAGAUAUAAGGACUGCAUUUCCGAAGAAGGUUGAUCAGUCUCCACUUGAUCUUACAUUGAGGCUUUGAUCCAUAUAAGAAGACCUUUGUUAUUACCUGGUUUAUUAGUUGGUUAGUCAUCUGCAGGUUAUUAGUAUAUUCUUGAAAUUGGAAGGUGAGCUUGCCUUGUUUCUAAAUUCAAAAGAUGGUUGGCAUUGCCAAGUAAAAUAUAGGCAAAUUCUACAUAAUAUUACGAUUUUAAAUUUUUAAAUUAAUAAAUAACCAUGGGGUAAUGAGUUAGACCAAUCAAAUAUGUUGCAAGUACGGCUCAUUUAUUUGUGAGUAGCACUCACCUUUCAUAAAUUGGGGCUAAAAAAGAAUUAUUGCCAAUUACUCAAAUUCCUA